AUGGAUCCCAACACACUCUCAAUUGAAGAAGGAAAGAAGAUCUUAAGGCAGUUUGGGAUCCCUCAGGGAGAUAUUGAUAUGAUGACAGAAAAAUGGGAAGUUGUUGCCUCUGUGGAGGUUUUGUUUAAAUACCCUCUGCUACCUGGAGAGGACCCAACAGCCCGCUGUGUCUCUAAUAAAAAGAGUCAGCCUGCAGCAUACCAACCAAAUUCAGCCCCACAAAAACGAGGAGACCAAGGAGAAAGGAAGUGCAAUAAUCAAUUAAUGACCAACGUUGUCAAGAAGCCAAGUGUCAUGAAGCAGAUAGCAAGUAAUUGCCUACAACCUCCUUCUCAGAGACCCAAUGGUGACAAGACACAGAAGAAAAAAUGUUAUAAAGCAAUGAGUCCAAGAAAUCCCCCAAAAGAGGAGGAAGAAACAAAGGUAAAAUGCAAGAAUUGUGGAGCCUUUGGACACAAAGCAAGGAGCAGGCUGUGUCCCAUGAAACGUUGGCAAGAAGCCCUCCCUGUCCAACCUCUGGGCUCAAACAAGGAGAAGGAGAAUCUAAAAACAAGUAAUGCCCAGUUGUGCCAGACUCCAGGGAUGUUUAAAAUGACUGAGAGAGAGAAGAAAGAAGAACAAAGGCAAGAAGUGGUUUCAAAGAAAACUGUGUCACAGAGAUUUCCCAGAAGCUCUCUAAAGAAGAGUUGCUCAGAAGAACCAAAGGAAUCUUGUUUCCUUGUGAGGAAACCUACCAGACCAAUGCUUAAAAUAAUCAAGAAGAAAACUUCAUUGGGUCCUGUCUCCACGGGUCCCAUGCCAGUCAAGACACCUGAUAUGAGAGCAACCCCCUCCUCGUAUUCUUACAACAAAGCACCAGAACUGAGAACUUAUAGAUCAGUAGAAUCACAUGAUAUGGGCUUCUCAGACACUCAAAAGCCCAAUUUGAGGAACUUCCAGGAUUCUGAUCCUAGCUCCAAGAAAAUAUCCCCUGGGUCUGUUGUUUCCUUGAAGUGUGCUCUUCAACCUGACACAAAAACACCUCUUUUGAUCCAAGACACUAAAGUCCAGAGAGGUAUGAAGCAUCCUCAUAUGGAAUCACAGCCCAGUGUACAAUCUAUGAGACCAAAGAGUGGACAGGAGCCCAAAGGCAGCAUCCAGCAUCCAAGAAAGAAACCUCGAAUCAGCUCUAGUCUGAAUCCCACACUGACAUCUCAAGUACCUGAGUGGGAAACUGCACAGGUUUCUCAAAUUUCUCUCACAACAAAUGGAUGUCAUGUCCAACAGUCACCAAAGAUAAACCCAAACAAACAAGCAUUGAAGGCCAGUGUCCACAGACAGACUCUGCACUGCGCUUCUUAUUCAAGUCCUACCAAAGACACAACUGUCUGCCAAUACACACAUUCAGGCAAAUGCAAAAUACCUAUUAGCUUGAAAACAGACAAAGAACAGCCAGGCUUUGGGACCAAAUUGUUCCUCAUGUCUAAAUCUCCUACAAAGACUGAAUCUGUUUCUCAGAGCAACCUUAAUUUAAAGGACUCUUUUAUCCUUGGCUCUAAUGCCACAAGGAGUGUCCUGUAUGAGGACCUCCUACUCUCAUCCUCCUCAGAAGACAGUGAUGAGUAG